UGUCUCACAUGCAGCCACAGGAGCGGGACAUGAGAACGGUUGGAUUUGCCGAUGCAGUGCACACUGACAGAACCUUGAAAGAUACCAUUGGCUCGUUUCCACAUGUGUGGAUAAGGAGGCAAUGUGGUUAUCCAAAGCCAAGCGCUGAUUACUUACCCAUUUCGAAUUGGCAUGUUCGGCAAAGCUGAUAACUUUCGGAAAAGAAGAACAACACAUCAGGAGGCCGGAGAAACGUAACAGAGGGAGUUCCCUGAAGACAAACAGACAAGAGGAAAACAGUGAGGGAAGAAGGGGGGGAGUGGAGAGAGAUAUAUUGAACGCAAGAGAGAAGCACUGGAUAUAUUCAGGGAAGUGAAGGGUUGAGAGCCCCAAGAGAAGACAGAAAAAAAGCAUGAGAGAGCAGGAAAAGUCCAAUGAUGACCACCCUGAGGGAGGGGUGGUUUCCAGCGAGGAAAACACAGGAAGACCACCUUUUAACGCCUGCCCUGUUGUUGUAGCAACACCUGGGGUCACCGGGCGUAAACGGCAGACGGGCUCAAAUGCGGACGAUCAACUUACAACUCCCACUACAUCAGCACACGAUGGCAAGGUCAAGCAAGGGGAAGACAUCCAGACCUUCACCCUGACCAGACCCAAAAGACUCAAGAAGAGUCCUCAACAUCGGUCGCCUUCCUCGGGACCGUCCCUUUCUCCUGGCCACAGUCCCGGAAGUCAGGAGGACCCUCACGGGCAGCGGGUGAUCGCCAACAUCCGAGAGAGACAGCGUACGCAAUCUCUGAACGACGCCUUCACAUCGUUGCGUAAAAUAAUCCCAACGCUCCCCUCAGACAAACUGAGCAAGAUCCAGACCCUUAAAUUGGCGUCGCGAUACAUCGACUUCCUGUAUAAGGUUCUGGAGAAUGACGAGAUGGACACAAAGCUGGCCGGAUGUAACUACUUGGCCCACGAGAGACUGAGCUACGCCUUCUCGGUCUGGAGGAUGGAGGGGGCCUGGUCGUCCAUGUCUGCUGGCCACUAGCCCUUCCUAAAGUUUAUCUUUUGACUGUUGUCGUAAAUCGUAUGAUGAAUUCCACUCGACAAGGAAAUACUCUUACUUGACGCAAAGGCGCUCAGGAGUGUCAGCUCACCUGUUGACUAUUUAUCACCUCAACUUCUCCUCUUGCCUCAAUGAUGUCAGAAAGACUUAUUAACAUUGACAUUUGAAGUUGGAAGGAGCUGAUUUUAAAGCCACUAUUGUUGAGAAGCCAGAUGGAUUGUUGUAUUUCUUUUAUUUUGUUUGCCAAAAGCAGAUAUAAUUGCUCGAGUAUGCCAAUAGUAGCAUUCUAAAGAAGUACAACAGGGACAUUGUGCUCAGCUUAUGAUUCCAAGCUUAUUUAAGGAUUCUUUUUGACAAUGUUUGUGCUCUGUUUACAUGAAUCCCAAAACUGGACAUCACAGGUGACCAAUAGUAACAUUCAAUCCACUGGCUUUCUCGGGUUCUGUAACUUGAACUCAGGUGUCAUUUCUGUUGAUUUUAUCAUCAUAACUGCCACCUUUCGCACCGUCUUUAUCAUCAUCUUCAUAGGUAUGUAGCCUGGGUCUAGAAAGUGUGUAACGUUUUGUGUUAUAUAAUGAGCCACUAUGCAGAGGAGGGAUUAGAAAAAAAGGAAGAACUGGAAAGAUAAAAUUGGAUGUUCCAACAGAGAUUGGACCUUUGACUUUUCCAAACCUUGAACUCCUAGUUUUCCAAGACAUAUCAUGAUUCCCUGACCACCUCUGAACCCAAGCGCUGGUGGAAAAAGCAGCUGUGGGCAGGGCAGCCGUCGUCCCGAUUUAAGUUUCUUCUCUCUGUACCCAAACCAAGCCCCUUUGUUUCUUGUAGUGCCAAAAAAAACUCUCCUCUUGAAAUUCUUUCCUCUCGUUCUGGCCCAAAUGUGCCUGCGUUGCACGAAACAGUGAUGCAGCUACAGCGAGCUGACGAGGAGGCGUAAUGAAAACAAACGGUCUUGAAAAGCCAUGAAUCAUGCGUGUCACCUUCAAAGAGGAGCCCGAUGUGGCUCCCUGCUGGGCUCCCAUAAACCACUGGAAGUGAUGGAGGAGCUGCUGAAUAAAUUGACUGUGAUCUUCUCUGGUGUUCAUGCUACCAUCAAGUUUAAAUCAUUUGAUGCAAAUGGAAGCUUUUCAGUUACUUCACUUUGGGAGAAACGGACUGUUUAGGAAAAUCAAAAGGGCACACUGAUAUGGGGCAAGAGGACAUUUCUGGAGAAACUAAACCAUCAAAGAGCUUUAGCUGGACAAUAGCGGGAACAUUUUUACUGUUUAGAUGAAGUGUUUAUCACCCUGUAUAUAAUACAAGAAAAGUGUAUUAAGAGACUUUACCUGCAGUUGAAGCAAACUAUAAUCUCUGACAUAAUUGAUGUUAAUUUCUUGUUCACCAGUUUACAAUCAGAGCAUGGCUUUGUUUUUAAGGAUAAUUUACUUGAAGAAAAUACAGUGUGGUGAGUGACACUGAUACAGUGUGAUUGGAUAUCACAAGCAGAAAACAUGUUUGACGUAGUGAUAGAUGCAACAUGAAUCAUUUGUCUGAAAAAUAAAACUGUCUUCAAACUUU